GGCAGCACCGCUUGCUCCGCGGAUCUUCGGCUCGCUCCGGGUACGAGCUCUCCCUGCGCUCGUUCAAGCUCCGCCACGCUUACCUCUCCUCUCUCUUUCUCUCUUACUCCCUUACUCUCUUUUACUUUCUUCUCUCACGCAUUUUCGUUCUCUCUCUCUCUGUUUUUCGCUCUUUCUCUGUCUUCAAUCCCGCUGUAUCGGCGUGGCGCGGCCGCGACAGUCGCAACGACGACGACGACGACGACGACGACGACGACGACGACACGACGACAACGACGAAGGAAAAAUCAAACCGCCGCGGGUGGAAAACGCGGGACGCGUGCAGCGAGAACGCAUCGCUUCGCGUGUGUCCGGCGGCCGCGUGUGUCGCGCACAUCAGGCCUAUACGUGUGUGAGCGCUCGACGUGCCGUCCGCUCGCUGCAUUGCGAGUGUAUACCAAUACGUCGUCGUUCCUCGUCUCGCGACCAAAGAGAGGAGGCUCCCUUCCCCCGACCUGGAUGCGCGGCAGUCUGUAUGAUUGUGCUGUAGUCCUCUGAACGCUAUUUGGACAGCGUCUGUAGAUAGCAAGGACGCGGAGAAGGAAGAGGAGGCGUGAAGCGCGAGCGGAAGAUGCCGCGCGACGCAGCCAGAGAACGUGAAUGCGACGAGCAUCGUCGGGACGCGAGUCGCGGCACCGACUGUUUACGGAGUGCACGAUGAUGGCGGAAUGCCUGUGGACAGGGUGCACAGUAUUAUCCGGCUCGUCGAUCGAGUAUACGGUAAAGUCGAUCUCCCAUCGUGGUGGCAAGAUCGAGCGCAACAGGGGCAGCAGCAGCAGCAGCAGCAGCAGCGGCAGCAACAGCAGCAGCAGCAGCAGCAACAGCAGCAGCAGCAGCAGCACGUGUCUGGGACGGGAUAAUAAAUGCCAAAACGGCACGACGCCGGCACGAGCCGAGGUGGAUCAAACGUGGGGACGCGAAACACAAUUGUCGAAUGCGGGCAGGUGUUCCAGGAGGAUCGCUGGAUCGCGUGGUUGCAUGUAAAUCGCGAGGAAGAGGAGCAAGAGAAGGGAGAGGAGGAGGAAGAGGAAGAGAAGGAGGAGGAAGAAGAGAAGACAAAGAACGUCAAAGUUCAUCGUCGCGAGCGGAUCGCGGACAGCCGGAUUGAACGGCCGCCUCGCGGAUUCUUAUCGCACGGCAGGGGAUAGCGGGAGCCACCACGGGGGCGGGGGUGGGCUUGCCCCUGCUUCUU